AUAAGACAUUCAUUUUCCCAAUAAUUGUAUAUGCUUUAUCAUUGUACCCGCAUUCUAGUAAUUAAUUAAUUAGAUAGCUUUGCCUAUUCUGCAAAACAAACAACAAUCAGACUAAAUUUGUUAUUGGAAUUUAUAUAACUUUGAAAUGCGGUGACAAGAUCAAAGUGUCCUGUCAAUCAAUUUCGUAUUACGAUACUUUACUAAAUGCUAGUAAUUAGUAGUGUUUGAGCUACAAUCAAGCUGUCAUUUCAAGUAAUUAUAGAGCUGUAGAAGCUCAUGCUUGGUUUUCUCUCGUUCAUGGUCAGGAUUUCUGACUCACUGACACCGCACUCAUUCCUAAUACUUACUUGGUGAAUUUUAAAAAGUACAAUUUUUGUUGUGCAAUUUUAAAUGUAAAAAUUUUAGCUUUAAAAAUAGACAACCGGAGUAAAAUUAGCAUAUUAUCAAAUGAAUCUUGUUCCUGAGAAGACUCUAACCCUCGUUCAUCGUUCCCUGAGGUUCUCCUCAUUUUGUCACUCCAUUCCCAUACGACGAAUAGCAGUACGAAAAAAUUUUGUACUUUACUCUGAAGUCUGAAAAUCCUCUAUGUAUUUACAUGUAUACACUUACAUAUAGGACCUCAAUCCACCCAUCUAUGAAUCUUGCAUCGCAAGGCGCAAGCUUGGUCUCGAUAAGUCGAGCUCAUCGUUGAGGGUAUGGUUGUGUGGAGCCAACUUACUCUUUCAGUUAUGGGGAGCAUCCUUCUCCACCUCUCGCAUGAUUUGGGCCAUGUUUUUCCUCGGGUUUGACCAUGUACCCAUUCUCGACCUAGGUUUCGUCACGUAUCAAUCCGUUGGUUUUGGAGCUGGGGCCCUGUUCCUGACUUUCCUGUGGUGGAAACAUGACGAAUACUUGGCGUUCCUCAACUUGCUCAUUUCCGGGGGAGUGAAUGGAGGAAAGCAGGACGGUAAUAAUGACGACAUGUUCUCCAGAUUGAUUCCCUGGAUCAUCCCAGCAGUUUAUAUGCAGUCUUUCUGCAACUCGUUUCUUUUUGUGAGGAGGAGAAAUGGCGUGCAAUAUAUUUGGAGCCUGUUGCACCCCUCUUGGCAAAACUGCAAAACGUUUGCCUUGAUAACCUGCUAUGAAUUCCUCAUCCCAAUGAACACUUGGAAUAUAGUGCUCUUCAUGUUCUACACCUAUUCAUCUUACACGCACUACCUCGGAGUCCAUUUGAAGAAAUGGGCAAAUUUACAAAGACGUCACCCACCAGUCAGUGUAAAAGCCUGUCAGAGAUGUACGCUGUCUUACCGACAAAUGCAGAUCAUGACAAAUAUGUAUCACUCCUGUUACAGCAAAUAUCUCGUCCCCGCAGGACUAACAUUUUUACUCUUUCUCGUGUCAUGGAUGACGUUUGCCACGUUGAGGUUGGCAAAAAGUCCACUCGUGUCGGUGUCACAACCCUCAUUUCUCAUUUUCCCACUGGGAACGUUCGCCUUGUUCAUCCUCUCGUUUUGUGUCAACUCUGAGGGGCUCCUACUAUUUCAAGGGUCAACCCAACUACUCUGGGAGUGGAAACGAUGUCGGAUAAUGAAGAGGAUGAAAAUACUUCAAAGUUUUGAACCGAUUAAGGCACAAGUUGGAUCUCUUUAUUACUUAAAAAGAACUUCCCCCUUGAUAUUUACGUCAAAUGUUGUUGGACUUACGAUUAAUUUGUUACUAACUUUCUAGAUCAUGGAAAAUUGUGCUCCACGUUUAGUAAUUUUAAACUUUAGUGUAGGGCUUCUGAAUAAUAAAAUCAGAUUGCAUGGUUGGAAGGAAGUUACUUGUUUUCUCACUUUUAUCAUUGUAAUAUAAUGGUCAUAGAUCAUUCAUCGGAUUUUUGUUAGUUUAAGAAAACAGUAAUUUAUUUGUCGCAUGAAACUACAAUUAUGCGCAAUACAUAAAAUUUUUAACUGUAUGAAACAGUAAAAACUUUUAGUAAAAUAUUAGACAUGUGUACGUACACGCAUAUGAAAAUCCAGGUUUGUACUUUUUAGAAUUCAAUAUCAAGUAGUUGAAUGGGUGGAAAAUUUGAACUAACAGGUCAUUUCCGACAAAGAAAAAAACAACGUAACAAAAA